AUGACGAGAUUCUUGAUAAUUUGUAUCUUCUUGAGAGCGACGGCCAUAGUGUCUGGACACGGGGGCCGCAUCGUGAACGGCAAACCGGCGGCCGGCCACGAGUUCCCGGCGCUGGCGUCUCUGCACGUGAACGGCAGCCACUACUGCGGCGCCAACGUGCUCUCCGAGAACUGGCUGGUCACCGCCGCGCACUGCGUCAGAACCAGCUUACCGUCUCAGCAGUACAUACGAACUCACAGACCAGUGGAGGGUCCGUCCACCAAGUGGAGCAGAGAAUCGUACACGAGAACUAUACUGGACUAG